AUGGCGGACCCACCCGCGGGAGGGCCCGAACCCCCUCCCACAAACACCCAAGAAACUCACGCCAGCUUCUCAGUUGAGGACUUCCAGCCUCGAGUAUCGAUCGACGCAGGCCAAACCAUAGGGAAAAGAACGAGAAAUGGCGAAGCUUAUACACCUACCGAGGGCACAGGCCGGAUUACCACCAGAGAGGUGUGGAAGCUCAUCGACAACCUCAAGGAUAUCAUCCAUCGCCAAACCACGCUCAUCGAAUCCACCAAAGCCGACCUAGAGGAGGUCAAACACGACCAGAACGUCCUUCGAGAACAGAAUGACAGGCUUCAUGAAGAAAACAUGGGCACACAGAGAUCAUUGGUGGACCCGAGAGACAAUGGGAAUAGCGAAGGGAACGCUUUCGGGCGAUACCUCUCCACCGAGUCUGCUAACACCUAUAUCCGUUCAGCGCUGUUAAGCGCACCUUCGACUCAAGAUGCCGAAGUGGCCGGCAUUGGUACCACUAAAACGGGAUACUUAAUUCGCUUCAAAGACUCAGGGUCGGCCGAAGCAGCCCGCAACAACACUGAAUGGUUGAAUGAGCUAGGAAACAACACAAAGCUGGUCAAGCCGCGGUUCGGCAUCGUCGUACACCGCACCCCGACAGAGAACUUCGACCUAGAGAAUGCGAACUCUCAAGCCAUUCAAAGAAUUAUGGAAGAAAACGACCUAGCCGACAAAGGCUUCCAAAUCGAAGAGUUGGCAUGGCUUAAGCGGAAAGAUAAAGUUCUGGGGAAGUUUGCGUCGCUUGGUAUCUGGUUUGACUCUGCAGAAGGAGCCGAAUACAUCCUCAACAAUGGUCUUCUUGUUGGACAAAGAUAUAUCGGUAGCCAUGGUCGUGCAAGGAAACACCACGCUGUGGACAUUGUGCAGGUCAACACGAGCGGCAACGAUGCCCCCCAGGGAUCAGGGCUAGAUGCCUGGAUUGUAGCGGCGAACACCCAACUGGUGACCGACAGUGUGCUACACCCGCAACUUCCAACCCCCAUCAAU